GAGUUAGACGCUAGCAUGAGGGAAGCGGUACAUAUCCCUCUGUCCUUUCCGUAAACAGUGCGAAGCAGUCAGCGACUUUCUCUCGUUCAGUGCGUACGUUUGUGUCAAGAAGAUCGGUCGAAGGAGCUUGUGAAAGGCGUUGCUCAGUAAAUAGCGUGGAUAAUCAGUGAUGGCACGUACAAAGCAAACGGCUCGUAAGUCGACGGGUGGAAAGGCACCCAGGAAGCAGCUCGCCACGAAGGCGGCGCGUAAGAGUGCGCCGUCAACUGGAGGCGUCAAGAAACCGCAUCGUUACAGACCUGGUACUGUAGCUCUCAGAGAAAUUCGAAGAUAUCAGAAAUCUACGGAGUUGCUGAUCAGAAAAUUGCCGUUCCAGCGUUUGGUUCGUGAAAUUGCUCAGGACUUCAAAACUGAUCUGCGUUUCCAAAGCGCGGCUAUUGGCGCUCUGCAGGAAGCAUCAGAAGCAUACCUUGUCGGUCUUUUCGAAGACACUAAUCUGUGCGCCAUUCAUGCCAAGCGUGUUACCAUCAUGCCAAAAGAUAUCCAGUUAGCACGACGAAUUCGUGGCGAACGCGCUUAAAUUCACUCACGAUCACACAGAUCUCUUUCCAAUUCAUUUUACUCUCAUUUGGACAUUAUACGUGUUUUCGAACGAGCUACAAAUAUUAUUCUUGACCUUCUUCCGUGUAUAUUUACUAUAGUUAACACACUGCCAAUCACACUAAAUCACAUAAUAAAGAUAUUGAGAGAGGAAUAGAAAUAUAAUAUGUUCCUGUCUCUCUUUAUAUUAGAUUUCAUAAUUCGACGAAACAUAAUCGCAAUUCGUACAAUGAUACAAAAAAAAAUAUAUAUAUAAAAAGACAAAAGAAAAAUAUAUGUUAUAUGUAACGUACUCGCAAGAAAGAAAAAUCAUUGCAGAACCAGUAAUUAGUUUUGUAUACUUGGAUACAUAGACAAAAGAAUGAAACACGAGCAAUACCACAAGUACAUAGAUUGCAUGUAUUUUUUUCAUAGAAAACAAAUCCGAAAACUAGCGCUUUUAUUUUAGAAUAUUAGUCGACACUUGCAAUCUUGCUUCAUGAUAGUACACAGAUUGUACUCGUAUAUAAUUCUUUACGUACAAAUGAAACCUACUUAUCACAUAUAUAUAUAUAUAUAUAUAUAUAUAUAUAUAUAUAUAUAAAUUUUCAUAAAACUUAGAGUAUUAAGGGACUGGAUACCGUCUAUGUAAUGCCGGAAACGCUGUAGAAGAAAUAGUUUCUUAGUUGUUUAUCAAUGCACCAUAACUACAUAACGUUUUUUUUCCUCUGACUUACAUUUAAUUUGGAACUAUUCUAGAGUCUCAAAAACUUUUCCAGAAAGAUGGUAUAAUAUUAUAAUAUACAAUUUCUCACAUGUAUCCUAUCGAAAAUUCGGCAUGUAGAAAAGCUGCUGCUGUAAAAUUAUCUUUCUUUUCUCUUGAAAAUUACUUCGCAGAAUUACUUGUUUCUUCGAAAGAGACUGUGUACUAAAAACGAUAGCACAGCAAAAAUUUACUUUUAAUGUGCAUAAUUUAUAUUAAUUUUUGUUAUUUAUUUUAUAUAAAUUUAAAUGUUAUUUAGUGCAAAGCGAUACCUCGAACCAUAUUUGGCACUUAGCAGCCUUUCUCAUGUCGAGUUCGCUAUUAUGCUAGGUUACGUAAUUAUCUUAAUUCUCUUAAAUCGGAUUAUAGUAGUAGCUAUUGAUAAUUGUAACCACAGCACAAUGAAAUACAUUUUCUAAUUGAUGUAACGUA